UGUGUGAGAAAAUGGCUGACCUGAGAGAACUUGAUACAGUGAAGAUAAUAGAGCAGUGUGAAGUUUCUCCGCCACCAAAUUCUCUUCCUUCAACCAUUCUUCCCCUAACUUUCUUUGAUAUUCCAUGGUUCUUCUGCAACUCUAUCCAACGUAUCUUCUUCUAUGAGUUUCCCCAUCCCACGCACCACUUCCUACAAACAACACUUCCUAUUCUCAAACACUCUCUUUCGCUCUCUCUCCAACACUUCUUCCCUUUUGCCUCCAAUCUCAUUGUUCCACCACAACUCCACCUUUCUCACAUCCGUUACCUUCAAGGCGACUCUCUCUCCUUAACCGUUGCAGAGUCCACCGCAGACUUCACUCUCCUCACAUCUGAUUCUCCUCAAGACGUUCGAAACUGGCACCCUCUUGUUCCCACCUUGCCUUCCCCACGUGUAGAGCAGGAUGGCAUACGUGUGCUGCCUCUCAUGGCCAUUCAAGUCACGCUUUUUCCAAACUCUGGCUUCAGCAUAUGCCUUACCUUCAACCACCUUGCUGGGGAUGGCAAAUCACUUCAUCAUUUCAUCAAGUUUUGGGCUUCUCUUUGCAAGGCAAGAGGGGAUUUGACUUCCAUUGAGACCUCUUUAUCUCUUCCUUCACACCAGAGAGACAAAGUUAAAGACCCAAAGGGGCUUUUGUUCAUUUAUUUUCGAGUUCUUGAACAUUUUGAGUCCAAAAGAAUGGAGUUCGCAGGUCUCGUGCGAGAUGUUUCCACUAACAGGGUUCGCUUCACUGUUCUACUCAGUCUUGAACAAGUUCGGAAACUAAAGAAAUGGGUCUCUCUUAAAUGUGCCAGUGACGAUUCGGGGUUAUUACACAUAUCAACCUUUGUCGUUGCAUGCUCUUUGAUUUGGGUUUGCAAGAUUAGGUCGGAAGAAAAAAAAGCGAAUUUUUCAGAAGAGUGUGAUGAACUUUGCCACUUGGUGUUUCUAGCAGAUUGCCGUGAGCGUCCUGAAUUUUCAUUACCUUCAACGUAUUUUGGAAAUUGUUUAACCUCUUACAUUGUGACAAUAAAGAGGAGUGAGCUAGUGGGAGAAGAUGGGAUCGUUGCUGCAGCGAAUGCUAUUGGAAAGGAAAUUAGAGAUUUGAAGAGUGAUCCUUUGAAAAAUGCUGAAACGUUGAUGUCAAAUUAUAGAGAGUUAGGGAAACCAGGUAAAUCUGUGUUGGUUAUUGCAGGUUCACCAAAAUUGGGUGUGUACAAGACUGAUUUUGGUUGGGGAAAGCCUAAGAAAUGUGAAGCAGCUCAUAUUGAAUCGUCGGGAUCCAUUUCUCUCUCUGAUUGCAGAGACGAAAACGGAGGAAUUGAGGUUGGAUUGGCACUUGAAAGAACUCAGAUGAAUAAGUUCACGGACAUCUUAGAAAAGGAAAUCCAUAACAUUGAUAGAUCAGAUUGAGCCCAUAUUAUAUUAUUGUUUAUCCUGUAUUCAGUUCAGUGAUUUGUUGUGUUUAAAUCAUAGAAGUGUGUUUCUUUUUCCUCGUGCAG